UUCUCCUGGACUGGGAGGAUGGCAUCAACCGCAACCAGACAGAGCUGGACCCAUAGAGAUGUACCGGUACCGCAUAACUUGGUCAUCGGAGGUGUGCAAAGCUCACUCAAAAUACCAACCAACGAACGUCCGACCGACGCAUGGCGGAAGUCGUUAAUCCUUCUGGCAAAAAGGCGACAUGACCGCAUAGUCGAAACCGCCAAUGCUUCGGUAACUGAUAGUGCCAAGUGGGCGACGUGCAUUGCCAGUGUUGAGGGCACUCCUUUCGUAGCGAUUGGAUCGGCGGCUCGUGCCAAUAAUCUCUUUAUAUUGGAAAAUACUGCAUCCUCGAAGUUUUCUUCCAAUGGAAACCACAAUGAUAUGGAGAGUCAGUCCCCAUUUCAAUUACGUUCCGCAUUCACCGCUCCGAAUCCUAUAUAUUCCAUGUCUAUUUCAGGCAGUAACCUUCUCACUGGUGGACCUAAUGGCCGCGCACAGCUGUUCGAACUCAAUCAAUCCGAGUUGGGACAGAAGGGCCGCGGGUUGACGCAUUUGUCUGAAAUCGUACUCGAGAGCACAAAGCUUGAGGACAUGCGAUUGGCUCCUCCUGGAACCAUGAUCUGUACCCUUCGAUUGCAUUGCGUUGAGUUCGCCCCGACGCCGCCGCGCUCGGACGAAUCAAGGGUAGAACCUACAGAUCGGUUCUUGGCGACGGUUGGACGGAGGCUGUUUGUCUAUGAUCUGAAAACCAACCAAGUCCAUGCCUCAGUAAACGCAGGUGAGGAUGCCGUCCAGGUGGCAUCUUGGAGUCCUCACUUUCCGUUGUCCCUAAUAUGUACCGGGGGAAUUGAUCGGGCUGUUGGUGUAUGGGAUGCUCGAUUGAUUGGGAAAAACACUGAUGAAGCUCUGGUUUGGAAAGUCUCCCGAGCUCAUGAAGGGGCAGUAACAGAUGUUAGAUUCAAUCCCUUCAUACCCUACUGGAUGGCUAGCGCUGGUGAGGAUGCUGUCGUGAAACUUUGGGAUUUGCGAUAUGUUAAGCACCCUGUUGGUCGCAUUGAUGGGCAUUGUCAGAGUAUACAGUCGCUCGCUUGGUCCAACACACACUGUGAAAUUCUGACUACUGCAUCGUCUGACCGUUCUUGGCGCGCAUGGUCAUUUGCCCCGGACGUCUCGACCGCUCGCGAGACGUAUGACGACAUUUUCAUUGGGUGCCCCGGGUCAGAGUGGGGCAAUCUGGCAAAUGCGGAUGCACAACCCCACGUAGUCGCAGGUGCUCGGUUAAUUGGAGAAUGGGGGAGCGGAUACACUGCUCCUGUGAUAAAAGUUGUUCCAUCCAAAAGCCAUAUCGACACAUUUUAUGCGCUGUCGGCCGUCGGAGAAGUGAAGAGUCAUACAAUAUUGGGCGAAGUUUUUGAACCCGUAAUUCCUCACCGGUUUGAUCCAAUACAUGACGGCGCGGCACACGAUGUAGAGAGAUCAAUUUAUGUCCGCGACAUGUCAACUGCCUAUUCCGACGUGGUAUCUCUCUGUCGAGCUGCAAGACGAGAAGGUAGACUAUUAGCCCCAAAGGAGCAAGAACUAUUGGACCUUUGUACGCCCCGCUCAGCUAUUGAACCGACAACAUGGAACAUUCCACCACCCAGCUCCGAAGAGUUUCGUACCGCAGGCGAGGACGCAGUGGAAAGACUACGUCGUGAAUUGGAGAUGUGGACGUACUUCUUGCCACCAGGAUUUGGAGAAGUGAUGGCCGUAUCAGGGAUGCUCAAACAGAAGCUUCGCUUGGAAUACGAAAUGGCCCUGUUGCGUUGCAAUAUUAUAUCAGAUGUGUUGAAAGGUGGAUGGGAGACCUUGGUUAAGGCCGAAAAGAUGAUAUGUAAAGGAAUGGAGAUGGACCCUUACUAUGUCAAUGGGAAAACUCUGCAGCUUUUCGUCCGGUCGAUUCUACCGCAUGACCUUGUCAAAGGUCUGACACUGGGGCUAAAGCUAGCAGAGAUUGUAGAGGAUACGCCGUCCCGAUCAUUUGCUGAUACCGCUGAAACCAUCGGCAUCAUGUUAUUUCCGACUACUUACGACGACGCUAGAUGGCUUCCCGCCGCUGAUACCGCUGAUUCCGACCAUCCUCUUGCCUUUUCUCGAACUAAAAUAUUGGCAGAAUAUGUCGAGAAGUUAUUACUGGAAGAUAUUAAAGACCUUGAGAGUGGUCAGGGUCCGGAUCAGGAAGCAAAUUCUGCCUCCACAUCUGCUGUUGGGUUGGAAGGUGCCAACAAAGGAAAGGUGUCCACAAUGGAUAGGAGCGUCAAGGUAACAGGGGAUCGGCGACGGCUACUGGCGGGGAUAAGUGGGAAGGCACUCCCCGGUGAGAGGAAGUGCCUAUCAUUGAGGGCUCUUGCGGAAGAUCCUGGACUAGUAUUACCAAUGGUUCGAAUGGAAAUCCGUUUUGCAAAAGCUAUCUUCAACCGAACGAUUGUGCCAUAUGACGAGGUGAUCAAGAUCUUUGAAAGCCCGGAUGCGGAAGCGCAAGAUAGUGACGCAAGCGGAACCGGAGACAAACGACCUGCAUCUGAAAGGACGAUAUCGGCUUACGCAAAUCAGGUGUAUCUCGAUGCUCUGUUGGAGCACGAGCGAUGGGUUGAUUAUUUUGCGGUGUGCUUUGACCUAAUUGCGCUCUAUGUUGCGCACGACUUCUCUCGUCUCCUCGUAACGCACGCGGACACCAUGGCGCUUCCACAGUUGAAAUCCUACAUCGAUGAAAGGUAUCAGGUAGCCACUGCAAAACUCGCACAAGCGUUACAACUGCCAAGCACGUCUGCAGAUGCAGCUAGAGAGAUUUUAACUAGCGGGAUGGGAGUUUUGAAGGAGGCUUUGGUAUUGCUAGUCAAGGUCGGAGCAUCGUUUUUUAAGCUCGGAAAUGUGGAACGGGAGGGAGUUGAUAAGAUGCGUGGGACGGUACUAAAGAUUUUCAGUCAAUUGAGCGGAUCGCUCUUCCGAACGCUGGAUGUGAUUGAGCGGAUGUUGGGUGCUGGUGGCCUAAGGGAAGCCGCCCAAAACGCGCAAAGUGCCAUAAAGGAUGCCGCGCAAGCACUUGGACCAACUGCACGAAAGACGCCAGGAUCUGGAGCAGUACCUCCGGCUGGAGCGGUUGCCAGUCCCGCCGGUGAGAUUACGUUGGAAGUGACUUCUUUAAUAGAGCAGCUGGGUAAAGUUGGCCGUACGGAGGUGGGUGCUAAUAUUGGUAGUGGAGUAUGAUCUUGUGUUAUGGGUGUACAGAUGAAAUAUACAAGGACUAUCUAACUGCAUCC